AUGGCGAUCAAAUGCCUUCUUUUCGACUGUGACAAUACCCUUGUGCUUUCUGAGGACAUUGCUUUCGAUGUCUGCAGUGAGAUCGUCAACGAGAUUCUGGAGAGGAAAGGCAUUGCCACUCGGUAUACGUCCGAAGACCUGAUCUCUCAGUUUGUCGGCCUCAACUUUCGCAACAUCAUGGCCGUCCUGCAACAACAACUCGGCUUCACUCUAGACCCCGAAGAACUGCGAGGGUACAUCAAGCUCGAAGAGGAUCGUGUGAUUGCAAAUAUCGAGGCGAAAGCCACGGCGUGCCCUGGGUCGAUUGAGAUGCUCCAAAAUCUCCGAUCGCAGGGCAAAUACAAGUUGGCCGUCGUUUCCUCCUCGAGCAUUCGACGCAUCAAAGCGUGUCUUGUCAAAGCCGGCCACGACAAGUUCUUUCACCCGGCCAACAUCUUCUCGGCUGCCGAUUCGCUGCCUUCUCCAACCAGCAAGCCAAAUCCUGCCGUCUACCUCCACGCCAUCAAGCAGCUUGGAGCCAAUGCACACGAAUGCUUGACUACCGAGGACAGCAAGUCUGGGGUGCUGGCGGCUGUGAAUGGGAAGAUACCAUGCCUGGGAUAUGUUGGUUCUACACACACAAGAGGACAGAAGCAUGAGAUGGCCAACCACCUGCUCGCGACCGGGUGCAAGGACAUCAUGUUGGAUUGGAGUGAGUACGAGAAGUUGUUGGCCGAGAUCGAGGCUAAACUGUGA